AUGGGCGGCGGCGGAACGACGGGGCUGGUCGGCGCUGCGCUCGCCGUGGUGCUGCUCCCGUGGCUGUGGGUGGUGCUGGCGCACCUGGUGUGGCCCCCUCGCGCCGUGCCGCGGGCGUUCGCGCGGCAGGGUGUCAACGGGCUGCCGUACCGCCUCCUCGUCGGCAACAACAUGGAGGUGAAGGUGAUGUGCGCGGCGGCCGGCGGCGAGGCGCUGGACCGGGGGUCCCACGACAUCGUCCCCCGCGUGCUGCCGCACUACCGCGCGUGGGCGGCGCGCCACGGCCGGGUGUUCCUGUCGUGGGCCGGCCCGACGCCGACGCUGUGCGUGGGCAGCUACAACAUGGCGAGGCGGGUGCUUGCGGACAGGGUGGGGUUGUUCGUGAAGCCGGACCCGGGCCCCACCAUCAUGGCGCUGCUGGGCAUGAGCCCGGGUAUCAUACAUGGGUAG